CCGACAUAGCGCCAGGGGUGUGGGUCGAUGGCGCCGUGAAGCGCUAUAGAGUGCCAGCUGGGUUGGGUGGCGCCCCCACACCCUCCAGCCUAAGUUGUCCCAAACACCCACUAUAUGGCCGUAUAACAUUUUUGUCGACGAAGACAACGAUCGCAAAUUCGAUUGAAACGGGAUCGACUGUGACUAAAUGAAGUUGACAGUUCUAUGCUAACUGGUCAUAAAUCUCGUGUUGAACCGCUGCUUGGAUUGAUUAAUUCCAUAAGAUAUUCGUCUUCAAAGAGCAUUAACCAGUGAUUUAUUUGUCUGUUUUUGUCUUGGUUAUUGCUGGUUUUCAGGUUUGUAACACAUUCUUGAAAAUAGAUACAAUACACAACAAUUGCAUGAUUGCUUUCGUUCACGCUUAAUGCAUUCGGCACCGCACGUUAGAUACAAUCUGAACAGGUGAACAGUUUUAGCGUACAUCAUCAAAAUGGCUCCUCCAAAAAAAGGGAAAGCUAAAGCCAAGUCAACAGAAGUACCACCUUCUAGUAACAAAUUCCCUGCGUGCAUGCGUUUCAUUCCUCCAUCAUCUGUCGCUGUCACCAUACAUGCCAAGCCUGGUUCUAAAGUUGCCACCAUCACAGAUUUCGAUGAUGAAGCUGUAGGAGUACAAAUUGAUGCGCCAGCUAAGGAUGGAGAAGCUAAUGCUGCACUCCUUGACUACAUGAGCUCGGUUAUAGGGGUCAAAAAGAGGCAGGUUUCAUUAGGCGCAGGCUCAAAAUCAAGGGACAAGGUUCUAAUAGUUGAAGGGGUAUCACUAGAGGCCGUGUACAAUGCUCUGGAUAGGGUGAUACAUAAUCCAUGAUGCAGGAAAUCGACCUAAGAUACCAUACGCGGUAUGGUAGUGAGAUUGAGCAAUGCAAGAUUGUCUCAAGUCGAGAAUAAGUUGUGGAGGCAGUGCAUCGUCUAUGUCGAGAUUGAGACCAAGUUGUUGCUACAUGUGGUUAAGGUUUGGUACUUGUUCCAUGUAAGUGGUGGGGAAUCAAUCUUUAGAGUUUGUUAAUUAUAUACAAGGCAAGUAUAUGAUACCCACUAAAUGUAAUGGGUUUCUAUAUUUAUUCUAAAGUUGAAGUUGGGAAGUUAAA